AUGGAAGAAACCCUGAGAGCUAUCCGGGAUAGCGUGGCGAGUUUGGCUGACCGAAUCUCGGACGCCGAGAGAAGGGGGCGCGUAACCCAACUCGCACGAGUUUCGAAGAAAGGGGGGACCGUUCACAAGAGCGAUCAUCCGGUCCGUCCGGCCAAGCCGAUGAAACUGAGUUACAAUGGGGAUCGAGACCCCCAUCUCUUCCUCGAUAGUUUCAAGUCUCACACGAACGCUAAAGGGUACUCAGAUGCAAUAUGCUGCAAUAUGUUCCAGGAGACAUUAGCAGAGGAAGCACUGAGUUGGUUCUACGAGCUCCCAUCAAACUCGAUCAAUUGGUUCCGAGAACUGGCAAACAAGUUCGUCAAUAGAUUCAUUUUACGAACGGAUGGGCAGAAUACCGCCCAGUUGUUCAAGGUGAAGCAAGAUAGGGGUGAGGGAUUGAAAGCUUUCGUGAAUCGAUGGCAAGGUGCCACGGCCAGAGUCAGGAACUUUGACAAGAAGGUUGCAGAGGAAGCAUUCAUUCAAGGACUGCUUCCCGAAAAAUUUAUGUAUGCAGUAAAAAUCGAAUGCCCGCAAGGUUACGAUGAGAUUAUGGAGAUGGCGGUCAGGCAAGCACAAGCAGACCAUGAUACGUAUGGAGGGACCUCGGUCGGGAAGAGGAAGGUCGGAGAGCAAGGAGAAGGAUCGCCGAGGCACAAGGAAAGAAGCUGGGGGAAGGCAGCAAAGCAGCAUAACGCACAAGGAAAGACAAAAGGACCUUACCAAGAUACCGGGUACGCGAGGACGGCACCGGCAAGCCAGGAGCACUUCUCGACGCUUAACGCCACCUAUGAGGCGAUAUGGAAUGAGAAUAAGUCCGCCAUCCCGCCUCCCCCUGCCCAAAAGUCGCCCCCAUCCCGGCUCACCAAGGAAGACAUCGGAAAAUUUUGUGGGUAUCACGGAGAAGCAAGCCAUAACAUUAACAGCUGCAUAGAAUUGAAAAAGGCAGUAGAGCGCCGGAUACAAGAAGGAAAGCUGCAGCAGUAUGUGCCCGGGCCGAGGCAUGUGGGGGCAAUUGAAGUAUAUGAGACAAUCAACACCAUCCAUGGCGAGUCCCGUAUAGAUAAUAGAAGCAAUAAGGCAAAAAAGCAGUGUACGAGAUCCAGGGAUGGCCAGGAGGUCUUCGCCUUUUGGAGUAGCAGCAAUCAACAAAUGACAACCGGUUGGAAGUCCGUUACCUUCCUAGAAGAGGAAGAGGAGGGGAUAAGGCGGCACGAGGACCCAUUCCUAAUAACAUUGCAACUCGACCAUUAUAUCCCAAAGAAGAUCCUAGUUGACACGGGAGCCUCGCCACUAGGAUCGGAUAGCUUUGGAGUAAGUAUGGAAGGCCGAGAGGGAAUUGCCCGGGCUACCGUAGAGUUCAUCGUGGUCGAUUGCGAGUCGUCCUAUAACGGGAUCUUGAGAAGGCCCAUGUUAUGGAAGCUGAAGUCUUUUGUUGCCGGCCACAUGUUGAUGAUGAAGGUCCCAACCCCGACUGGAGUCAUUACCAUCCGGGGAGACCAAGCGGCAACAAGGAGUUGCUAUGCGAUAGACAACGGAAGGAAAAGAUCCGAGGUUCUAUUAGCGAGCCAGGCCAUGGCAUCCCCCUUGGAUCCUUAUGAAUCCAAGGGAUGA